AUAAUGAUUUAGAAACUGAAAUACAUGAAAUUAAUUCAGAAACUGAAAUACAAAAUAUAGAUCAUGAUUCUGAAAUUGAAUUAAUAAUUGAAGAAAAUGAAGAAGUAUCAAAUAAUAGUGAAGAUGAUGAAAAUAAUAAUAUAGAUAUAGAAGAUAUUUCCAAAAAGUUUACUGAUCAUUUAUCUGAAUGGAUGAAAAUACUUGAAACAGAAAGAGAAAAUUCAGAAUUUUUGAAAAAUAAGAUUGAAAAUAUUGAUCAUCUAGUAAUAAAUAUUCAAGCUAAAUGGAAUUUAGAUAUUAUAUUCAAAAAUAAUUUACCUUGUCCUUUUGAUUAA